AUGGCUGGCAGCCAUCACAUCGCCGGAUCCAGGGUGUCUAGCGUCUCAGACAACGACCCCGGCACGCCGAACAACAGGAACCUCGAAGGGGAAGUAAACCACCUGAAGAGGCGAGGAGGCGGCGCCAGAAUCGACGCCGAACACCGGAUCGCCUUCCUGUCGCCCUUUUUACUGUCGCCCUUUUUGCUGCACAAGGAGAUCCAGGACGAGGACGAGGAGGUGCAGCGCCAGGUGGUCGCCGGCGACACCUGGGGCCUCUUCUCGUCGCAGUUCGUGCGGCGCCACGGGCUCCACCUGCUGGCGACCACCAGCACGUGGUUCCUCCUCGACAUCGCCUUCUACAGCCAGAACCUGUUCCAGAAGGACAUCUUCAGCAAGGUCGGGUGGAUCCCGCCGGCGAGGACCAUGAACGCCAUCGAGGAGCUGUUCCGUAUCUCGCGCGCGCAGGCGCUCAUCGCGCUGUGCGGCACCAUCCCGGGCUACUGGUUCACCGUCGCGCUCAUCGACAUCAUGGGCAGGUUCUGGAUCCAGCUCAUGGGCUUCCUCAUGAUGACCGUGUUCAUGGUCGCGCUGGCGGUGCCGUACGAGCACUGGACGCAGCCGGCGCACCACACUGGCUUCGUGGUGCUCUACGGGCUCACCUUCUUCUUCGCCAACUUCGGGCCCAACAGCACCACCUUCGUCGUGCCGGCGGAGAUCUUCCCGGCGAGGCUCCGGUCCACGUGCCACGGCAUCUCCGCCGCGGCCGGCAAGGCGGGCGCCAUCGUCGGCGCGUUCGGGUUCCUGUACGCGGCGCAGGACCCCAAGAAGCCCGACCACGGGUACACGCCCGGCAUCGGCAUCCGCAACACGCUGUUCCUGCUCGCCGGCACCAACUUCCUGGGCAUGGUCAUGUCGCUGCUCGUGCCGGAGUCCAAGGGCAUGUCGCUCGAGGAGAUCGCCAAGGAGAACAUCAACGACGACGCCACCGAAGCUCCUGCCAGAGUCUAGCUAGAGACCUGCAGUUUCUGCAGGAAUGCGUCGUGAUACACGGAUGGUAUUACUGUUUAUAUGCUUGCCUCUGUCCUUUGUGUGGUUUACAUUAUACUUUACCUUGCGAUUUUUCUGCAUUUUGUGUGUAGUUUGAAACCAUUUUUUGGGUAAUACCUCAACCGAGAAUUUCAUUUGUGCUAAGUAUUUGUGUCUGGUUGGCCACUAUUCUCAAUAAAUAAUUUGGAAUUGCUA